GACGCGACUCUGUCUUCCGGCCGCGUUUAGGCUACGAGCCUUCAGCACCGGGUGGCAUUUAUGUCAUUAAAGUUCACCACCGGGACAUUUCGUUUCGGUUUAAAAAAUCCUGAAGCUAACACAUCAUGAGUAAACGGAAGUCCAUGGAAAAGCACGUGGCUGUGGGAGAAUGUGUGUCACAGGUCCAGAGAGUACUGAGGGAGCGCUUCUGUCACCAGAGGCUUCCGGAUAAACCAGUGGGCCUGGAAUCACAGUACAAGCACCUGUUGGAGCUGUUGAGGAGGACAGCGGUUCAUGGUGAGAGUAACUCUGUGCUUAUCGUCGGUCCACGUGGAUCUGGCAAAACGAUGCUGCUACGUUGUGCUCUCAGAGAGUUGCUGGAGUUGCAGGAGGCGAAGAAGAACGUUCUGCAGGUUCACCUGAGCGGUCUGCUGCAGACAGACGACCGGAUCGCUCUGAGAGAGAUUACACGCCAGCUUCAGCUGGAGAACGUCGUAGGAGACAAAGUCUUUGGCAGCUUCGCCGAGAAUCUGGUCUUUCUGCUGGAUGCUCUGAAGAAGGGUGAUAAAAGCAGCAGUCGGCCGGUGCUCUUCAUUCUGGAAGAGUUUGAUCUGUUUGCACAUCAUAAGAACCAGACCCUCCUGUAUAACCUGCUCGAUGUUUCUCAGUCUGCUCAGGCUCCUGUAGCUGUGGUGGGCCUCACCUGCAGACUGGACGUGCUUGAGCUCUUAGAAAAGCGUGUGAAGUCUCGGUUUUCCCACAGACAGAUUCACCUGUUGAGUUCUCUGAGUUUCCAUCAGUAUCGAGACGCUUUUCGGUCCGAGCUCACGCUGCAAGACGGCUUCCCCGACAGCAAGUUCUCUCAGGAGUGGAACCUCGGCAUUUCGAAACUGUGUGAGGACAAGUCAGUGGAUGAGAUUUUACAGAAACAUUAUAACUCCUGUAAAGAUUUCCGCUCCUUACACUCACUGCUGUUGCUGGCAGUGAGCCGUGUUUCUGUCUCAAACCCGAUUCUAAGAGCUGUAGACCUACUGGAGGCCAGUCGAAUGAGCUCGGCUGACUCAAAAGGCAACAUCCUGCAUGGUCUGUCCGUCCUGGAGUUGUGUUUGAUUAUCGCCAUGAAGCAUUUGAAUGAUACCUACGAAGGAGAGCCGUUUAACUUCCAAAUGGUUCACAACGAGUUUAAGAAAUUCCUUCAGAGGAAGUCUCACUCCAUCCAUAACUUUGAGAAGCCAGUGGUGUUUAAGGCUUUCGAGCACUUGCUGCAGCUGGAGUUGAUCCGGCCGGUGGAUGGCGGAAUGUGUAAAGUGCAGAGGGAGUACCAGCUCGUGCGUCUCAUGCUGGAUCACACGCAAGUCAUGGAGGCUUUGCAGAGAUACCCACAAUGCCCCACCGAUGUCAAACAGUGGGCCGUCUCCGCCUUCGGGUGAUGCUCGUCCUGUGGUGGAAACAUCAUGGACUUAAACUUGUUGGUUUUUUUUUUUUUUUUGUACACGUAUAUCUCACUCAUCUUAAAGACUUCAAGCACCUGCUGUUACAGUGAGCUCACGGAGUCUGUUAAUCAGGUAUAUAAAAAAAGCCUUAAAGUGUGUGAACACUUCAGCAGAGUUGCUGGUGUUUCUCACUGUGUGUGUGAAAACUGGCAGGGGGAAAAACAAGCGAAGUACGUCAGAGGAAGAAGUGCAUUUGCUGCUAAUAAAAAUCACAAUAAGAAAAAGGAAAGUGCUUGGAAAAUGUUAACGUGAUAGACAAUAAAGAAAGCAAAGCUGAAGGACAAAGUUUCCUGCUUGCUUAGUAUUUUAAGUCUUAAAAUAAAUUGCUUUAUUAUUAGAGACACCUCGCUUGUAGGUAUAAAAUUACUGACUGUAUUCCAUCAUCUGUCCUGUCCAUCGGUGGAAAGGGACAAGUCUGAGGUGUAUCAUCAUUGUUGGGGUUUUAAACACUGUGUGUAAUUAAUGUACAUUUUAUUCGUCAAAAAUUUGGGCCUCUGGCGAUGCACAGAGAUCCAUCCAUUUGGUAUGGACUGCUUAUCCUACACAGGGUCACGGGGAGCCUGGCGCUUAUCCCAGGGAACUCAAGGGGACAACCUGAACAGGGUGCCAAUCCAUCGCACAUCCAUUCACACACUACGGACAAUUUAGAAACGUCAGUCAGCCUACAACGCAUGUCUUUGAACUGGGGGAGGAAACCGGCGUACCCGGAAGAAACCCCUGAAGCACAGGAAGAACAUGCAGAUUCCGUGCACACAGUGCGGAGGCUGCAUUCCAACCCCCACCCCUGGAGGUGCAAGGCAAACAUGCCAACCACUAAGAUACCAUGCCCCCCUUCCCCCACUGAGACUAUAGCGCAUCUAUCUCCAGGCACAAUUUGUCCAAACCGACUUCUAGUACAUUCUGUGUCCGCUUCUGAUCAGUUCCACCAUCCGAAUAACAUCUGCUCACUGAUGGACACAUCAGAAACCUACAAAGUGACCAAUAGGAGAUUUAUCGUUAUAGCUGUCAUAGGUUCUCUCACUUUUCUUGAUGUGCUCGUCAGUCCAGGGUUAAUAAGGUUCCUCAGUCAUACCAGGUAUUUUUUCGAAAUCUGUGUAAACUGAAAUAAACAUCGUUAUACCACA